UGAGUGCUGUGACGUCAUCCCUCCUACCCUGAGCCGAGCGCGGGGUGGCGGGGGAAAGCGACGCCAACCCCCUUUGUUUUCAGUGCACUGAGAGACCUUAAGGAGAGUAGUCACCGCCGCUGUGUAAUAGAUCUAAUUAUAAUUAUUCCGUGCACUUCUGUGAAGUGUGUCUGGAGGGCCACUCACAGUAAGGGUGAUGUCUGGGAGAGUGUGUAGACCUUGAGGCGAGACGCUGCUGUGCCUGGAGGGCGCGGUGAGAAGUGAGGCUGUGAAGUAUGGAGGAAAUCAAGAAUGCAGUUCAGAGUAUUCUUCCCAGUCUUCUUCCACAAGUACUGGAGGAAGCGUGUGAACACCUUAUAGGUUUAGGUGUUGAAACAGAAGAUGACCUAAAGUAUGUUAAGUCAUCUGAUCUUCUGAUGCUGAAGGACAUUCAAGUGCGGAAACUUAUUAAUAACUGGCAACAAGGGUCCACAACAUCUCAGAAAUCACAAGAGACUGCUUUAUCAGACACAUCUAUAAUUUCUGAAUCGGUUUCACCACCUUCAACCUCAGAGGAAGAAAGAGAAAUAGCAGCAAAUUUACAGCCUGGUGUAAAUCCUGUUUGGGCAGAUGAAUUUGAAAUACCAUGGUCAAAAUUUUCAAAGAAGAAUCUAAUGACAUGUUUACAAAAGAAGUUAAGACCUAAACCAUCAGCAAGAAGAGAGAUGGUGAGAAUUCUAGUUGAUGAAAUAAGUAAGAUCUCUCAGAAGCCAGGUAAAAGGUCACUAGCAACAAUUGCACAAAAGAUUGUGAAGACAUAUCCUCAAUCUUUCCUAGAUGAGAUUGAAGGCACUCGUGUUGGUACUGGAUAUGAUUCCCUUCUGAAACAAUUGCAGUCACGGUUUGACAACAUAAAUAGAAAAUCUGACAGUAACUCAUUCAAAAGGAAACGUAGAAACUCCCUUGUAAUGGAGGAGGAAGAUGCUGUGAGAGCUGGUCCAGCCACCAAAAUAUACUUGCAUGAUAAGUAUGGAUGCAUUAAUUAUAUGCCGAGUGAUUACCCAGAUGGGGAAUCAGAAAGAACACAAGAAGAUAAGCAAUGCUUAUUAAAGCAGAAAUACAAAGAAAAAUUUCAUGAUGAUGUGGAAUAUUUGAUGAAGGAUACCUACUUUUCUCAAAAGCAAGACAUCAUACAAAGGAAAAUGGAUGUUCUUCAUUUAAAAAUAGAAUGGCCUUAUUUAUUUGAGGCAGCAGGAAUGUUCGUUUAUUUUAUGGAACUCACUGGCAUUAACAUUAGUGAAAAAGUAGAGUCUGCCAUUGCUAGUAAGGGAGCACGAAUUCUAAAAUGGAUAGAAGAAGAACCAAACUUGAAUAUAAGGAGAAUUCAACAGGAACUUGUGCAGGCUAAAGGCUCUGUUGAUAAUGGCAGUGCAGAGGUUGCAGCUAUGAUCUGUGCUGCUAUGUCUUACCUAAAUGAAAAAGAAGACUUUCUGUAUGUAUGUGUAAAGGUUAGUUUUCUAUAUUAAUAGUUUAAGUUGUAUACAAAAGUAAAUACCAUGCUAAACUAGUGAUCUAAAAAAUUCCAGUAUGAUAAUACAUUGUGUGCCUCUAACAAUGCGUAGUAGUACAGUACUUUGACAGCUGAGUUCUGGGA